AUACAAACCAAAGGGUGUCACGUUGUAGUCACGCGUUUUCCGUUUACCGCUCUUGCGAAUCCUGGGAGUUGUAGUUCUUCAGCCCCCGGAGCGCGUUGGCUGAAAGAUGUUCAAAACUACAAGCCCUACGAUGUUGCGCAGGCGCAGUAUAUUUGAGGGGCUCAGAAAAAGCACAUCGUAAAUGAUUCCCGGACCCCUGCAGUUGUCGUCGAAAACGUAGAGACAAACGCCGUACUCUGGGAGAAAUUGGAAAUUUAAGAUGGGAGGUACCAAAAAAACAUAUUUUAUCAGGGAACAGCAUGAUGCAUAAUGCAGCAUAUGUUCAGUAAUCGGGUGAAUAACUUCCCUCCAUUGCCUCCGUUCAUGAGAAUAAAGUCAUGUUUUUACCAGAACAUUGAAGAGGAGAUUCCUGAACUUUACCAGCAGUUAGUGAAAAGAAUCUACACCCUUUGGAUGAUGUAUUCAGGCACACUAUGUUUGAAUGUGAUCUCAUGUGUUGCCUGGUGGGCAGGAGGGGGAAGUGCAGCCAACUUUGGCUUCUCCCUCCUUUGGUUGAUCCUCUUCAGUCCGUGUAGUUACACCUGCUGGUUUAGACCCCUCUACAAAGCCUUCAGAGCCGACAGCUCGUUCAACUUCAUGGCCUUCUUCUUCAUCUUCUUCCUCCAGUGUCUCUUAGCCCUCAUUCAGACUAUUGGAAUACCUGGAUGGGGGACAAGCGGCUGGAUUGCCACCGUGAUGUUUUUCAGCUACAAUGUGGGCUCAGCUAUUGUGAUGCUUAUCACCACUCUGCUCUUCACUGCGGUCACGGCUCUAAUGGCCCUAGUCCUUAUCAAGGUGCACAGGAUGUACCGUGGCGGCGGCGGCAGCAUGAAGCGCGCUCAGGAGGAGUGGAGCACCGGCCUGUGGAAGAGUGCCCCAGUGAGAGAGGCGGGCUUUAAUGCUGUCACCCAGACAGCCCAAGGUCCCAGUUUACCCCAGUACCCGGCGGCAGUGCCCAGUUACCCCGACAACAGCCACUGGGGGUAACUGGGAGUCAUGUCUAGAUGGAGACACACAGCUCUAUUUCAUUGUACCCGCUUGUGACCAAAGGUUAUAUCUUCCAACAAUGCCAUUCCAUUUCAGGUUGUGUUUACAUCUAGUUUAUUUAAAUGAAUGAGAGACACUUUUAUGCUCAAAAUUGUUGCAAAGAUGCAAUUGUGUAUCAGUAGGGCGAGUGCCUUAUAAACUUUGAUAGUUUCAUCAUACUAGGAAUGGUACUGUGCCAAACAACCACCCCCUUAUCCCUUUCAUAACAAUAGAGCCCUAAAGAACCAUCGGAAUUCUGUUGGGUGUAUUAUUCUCUUUAUUUUUGAUACUCAGUGUCACCUGCUCUGGCUGUAAUUUCUUGAAAUGCGCCUUAAUAUUGCCUGAUAUCUUUAAAAUAUCUUGCAUGACUUUUGCCUUAAAAAGCCUUUUUGUUGUGCAUUUGUGCUUUCAGUGAACAGCAAUUGGAAACAUUUACUCUCCUUCCCUCUGAUUUCUCAUCGAUUCACCAAAUCGCUUCUCUCCCUCUGCAUUAAUUGAAUUGUGUCAUAAAAAGUAGAUGUUGAGUUUU